UUCAUUCUUCAUAAAGGCUGAACGAACAGUGAAGUUGCACAGAAAGCCAGAAAGCCAACUACAGACAAAGACAUGGGCACCGCAGGAAAAGAUAUUAAAUGCAGAGCAGCUGUUGCUUGGGAACCAAAGAAACCCCUUAGCAUUGAAGAAAUUGUGGUUGCACCGCCGAAAAAACAUGAAAUAAGGAUAAAGAUGUUGGCUACUGGUGUAUGUCGUUCAGACAGCAGUGCAUUAAGUCAAGUCCUUGGUGGAGUUAAGUUUCCAGUGAUUUUGGGUCAUGAAGGUAUUGGAAUUGUUGAAAGUAUUGGACCUGGAGUUACUUGUGUUAAACCUGGUGACAAAGUCAUCCCACUUUUUGUUCCUGAAUGUGGAGAAUGUAGAAGCUGUCUGAGUCCAAUGUGUAACCUAUGUGAAAAACGGGAUUUCCAAACAGGGAUGAUGGAUGACAGCACCACCAGGUUUACCUGCAAAGGAAAAAUGAUCUACCACUACGCUUGCACUAGCACAUUCACUGAAUACACAGUUGUGAAAGAAAUGUGCAUUGCCAAAGUGGAUCCUGCGGCUCCUCUUGAAGCUUGUCUUAUUGGCUGUGGGUUUUCUACUGGAUAUGGUGCUGCUAUUAACACUGCUAAGGUAACACCUGGUUCUACGUGUGCAGUUUUUGGUUUAGGUGGAGUUGGAAUUUCAACCAUUAUUGGUUGCAAAGUCAGUGGAGCUGCCCGUAUCAUUGGGGUUGGUUCUCAUAAAGAUAAAUUUCCAACAGUUAUAAAACUAGGAGCCACAGAAUGUGUAAGUCCUAAGGACCACAAAGAACCCAUAGCUGAGGUCAUACGCAAAAUGACUGAUGGAGGAGUGGACUAUGCUUUUGAAUGUACCGGGCAACUCGAAACAAUGAUGACUGCUCUGGAAUCCACUUACUAUGCAUGUGGAGUGGCUGUGGUGCUUGGUGUGACACCUGCAGGUGAAAAACUGUGUAUUGAACCUGGCACGCUUCUCACAGGGCGGAGCGUGAGAGGAUCCAUAUAUGGAGGUUGGAAGAGUAAAACUGAUGUUCCAAAGCUAGUUUCUGACUUAAUUGCAAAGAAAUUUGAUGUUAAUUUCUUGGUGAGCAACACGUUCCCUCUGGAGAAAAUUAAUGAAAUAUUUGAGCUACUUCGUAGUGGUACAGGAUUGCGCAACAUUAUAUUGUUCUAAUUUCAUUGCAUGCAAGUGCAUCGGAAACAGUUGUUUGGCGUAUAAUGAAAUAAAUAAUAAUAUUAUUUACUAUUCCUGAGUUUCCAAAUAAUUUACCAGUUUAUUUCAUAAAAUAAACUGAAUAUGCUUAUAACUGUCUUUUAAUUGCUCUAUUUUAGUCAAAAGGAUUUUUUUCUGCAAAAAAAAGAGAGAAUCAUUUGUUUUCUCUAAACAUAUUUUAUAUUGAUAAAAGGGAGCAUAAGUAAAAUAAAAUUUGUUAUUAAACAGUG